UUGCAGGACCCAGAGAGAAGUGGGAAAUCAGGAGCAAGAGGAGCCCGGAGUCAAGGGAGCGCUCCCCUGCCUCUCUCUCGAGUACCAUUCUGGACGCCCCACGCUCCCGAGUGAAACCCCGAGAACCCCCCGGGCCGACUGCAGAGACGGAAGACCCUGCUCCCAAAGGUCUUAUGUCACCAUGCAGCACUAUGGAGUGAAUGGCUAUUCUCUUCAUGCCAUGAAUUCUUUGAGCGCCAUGUACAAUCUUCACCAACAGGCAGCACAGCAAGCUCAGCAUGCCCCAGACUAUAGGCCAUCUGUGCAUGCCCUCACGCUGGCAGAGAGACUGGCUGACAUCAUUUUGGAGGCCCGUUAUGGCUCCCAGCACCGCAAACAGAGGAGAAGUCGCACAGCUUUCACAGCCCAGCAGUUGGAAGCCCUAGAGAAAACCUUCCAGAAGACUCACUAUCCAGAUGUGGUGAUGAGGGAGAGAUUGGCAAUGUGUACCAAUUUGCCAGAAGCCAGAGUUCAGGUUUGGUUUAAAAACAGGAGAGCAAAGUUCCGAAAGAAGCAGCGUAGUCUACAAAAAGAGCAGCUGCAGAAGCAGAAGGACUCCGAAGCCAACCACAGCGAGGGCAAAGCAGACACUCCGGUACUGGAAACGCAGACCCCAACUCCUGAGGCCGACAAAUCCAUGAGCCUGCAAAGUGAAGUCACUGCAGAGCUCAACCUGACUCUCUCAGAGCAGUCGGCGAGUGAGUCGGCAGCUGAGGACCAGACAGACAGAGAGGAAGAAUUCAAGAUCUCACUGGAGGAGAACAAAGCAGAUAAGAGUCCCGGAGCUGAAAACAAGGUUCUGAACAGCAAGAGGGCAAGCCCAAAAGCAGAUUCUCCCAUCAAUGCUACAGCCACACCAUCUUCCAGUAGCAGCAUGUCUCAGACACACUCCUAUUCUUCCUCACCCCUCAGCCUCUUCCGCCUGCAGGAGCAAUUCCGCCAGCACAUGGCAGCCACAAACAACUUGGUCCAUUACUCAUCCUUCGAAAUGGGGACCCCUUCUGCAAUGCCUUAUUUGGGCAUGAAUGUCAACAUGGCACCCCUAAGCUCCCUGCACUGCCAGUCUUACUACCAGUCACUUUCCCAUGCCCAGCAGGUGUGGUCCUCUCCAAUCCUCCAGGCUUCAUCCUCUCUUCCAAGCCUGAACAGUAAAACGACGAGUAUUGAGAACCUUCGGCUACGAGCAAAGCAACACGCUGCCUCUCUGGGCCUGGAUACUUUACCAAACUGAGAGCCAGGCAGAAAAAAAAAUGAUAAGAGCGCAACCAACAAAUGACCCUAAGGAA